GCGGACGAGAUGGACGAGGCGAAAGUGUUGAAUUUCAAACGGGAGGUCGAGCAGGAGCGAGAGAUUCAGCGCGGAGACAAAGAGGGUAACGGGGAAAAGUCGGGGAAAGCUCGAGAUCUCGGGGAUCAGCAGGGAGGAGGGAUCAGGCUUCUCACCCCGGACACGUUGGUGUACAACAUCUUGCAGGACGCUUUGGAAACGUAUCAGAGCGAGGAGCCUCGGAUCUCUUACAUCGAUGUCAACAACGACACCUUGAAAGAGUUGGUGACCACCGACCAAUUGUACAUACUCAGGAUGGCCGAGAAAUUCUUGCCUCAAACCCUGCGCCUCGACUACUCCGAGAAGAUGUUCUCCUGCGUGAGAAGAUUCGAGUAUCACAGCUGCGUCAAGUACAUCGCCUGGCCUAUGAUCAAGCAAUACUUCCCCGUGUCCGGGACGAGAUUCGUGCCAAUAUUCACCGAGCUUCCCGAGACCGUAAUUCUCAACAUACUUCGUACGAUCCAGUUUCAAUCCUUGAACCCGAACGUGCCGAUUUCGUCCCAAUCUUCCUCUUCCCACCCCUCCGCGAUAAAGAAUUCCCAAUUCCUCGAGCUGCUCACGGAACAACAGGCGAGCAUCGUGAACGUCGUCAACAUAUUGCUCCCCCCCAGUAUGAGGCCCGAGUUCGUCAACAAGAUGAUCGAUUGCCUGAUCGAUCGGGGGAACAACUUCCUCGUGUGCACGAGGGACGUGGCGUGGCCGAUGCUGCUGCAAUAUUUCCCAUGGCUGCCCAACUUCCCCAAUUUCGGUAUCGUCGCGUCGAGCACCUCCACCGCCAAUUCCACCACCAACAUCACCGCCACGGUCGACAAUCAGCAGAGCACCGAGGUCAACUCCGCCCCCCCUCUGUCCGAGACGAACGUGAAGACGAGGCAGCACGGGGACACGACAGUGACGAUAACCGACACGAGAUUCGUCCCGAUACUGAACGACCUGCCCGAGACGAUCAUCCUCAACAUAUUGAAAGCCGUCCAACUCUCCGUCCCAAACUUGCCCGCCCCACCCGACUCGGUCAGCACGAAGGAGUAUCCCCCUCACCUCACCGAGCACCAGAUCAGCAUCAUGAGCGUAGCCAGGAACUUGUUGCCGAUACGAACGAGGGCCGAGUUCGAUCGGGAAAUUCUGCCUUGCCUCGGGGAGAGGAGCUUCUUGGAAUGCACGAGGGACGUGACCUGGCCGACGAUCGCNNNAAUUUAUCCCUGGCUCCCCGAUUUCCCCAAUUUCACCGCCCUCCGCCAGACCUCGCCCCAGACGCACGGCUCCAUCCGAUUCCAAUUUUUGCUCGACUCCGCCGAAGAACGCCACCGCACGGGCUCGAAAGGAAGCCGGGUGAGCGGACGAGCGGUUCGAGGGAACGGGAGGGAGNNNNGCGAGAGGCAAGUGGUGAUCGUGAGACGGAUCGAGGAAGGGAUACCAGAGGCGGAAAGAUCGUCGUACGUGACGAGAAUGCUGGAUUGCUCGGCUCGUUACAGUUUCGCCACCUGCGUGAGCAACAUCGGUUGGCCAAUUUUGAAGCGAUACAAUUCCUCCUUGCCAGACCUUUCCACCGUUACCGGCCUCUUCUCCCCUUUGGUUGCCGAUCCGAACGCCGCUAUCCCGUUAUCCGCAAUCCCUCAACCUUCCUCCGACGCUUCUCGAUCCUCCCAGCCUUCAGGAAUUUCGCAGAUCGCCAACGUCGCCAAGUCCUCCACCGAAGCUUCUUCUUCUCGAUCGGCUUUGAGCGAGGCGGAAGGGCAGGGUCAUCCGGGGAACGGAGGUCAGGAGGAGGAGACGAAGGAACGAGAGCCAACGAACACGCCGUCAGUAGACAACGGAGGAAUCAUCCCCGAGUACGCAGGCCAACCGACAGCCAUCCCCAUAGAUAUCUCGAGCGAGAAGGUCCACGUGUCGGCCAUCGGUAUCGUUCAGCGAGGGGAGAAAUCGGAGGGGAGGGGAGGGCGUAGGGAGCGCAGAAGCACCAUGGAGUCGCACGAUUCUUAUUACGAUACCGAUUACGAAACGGCGGGCAGAUUUUCGUCGACCCCGAUGUUCCCAAAUAUCACGGAAUCCGAGUAUCUUCGAUUGUUGAUCAGAGUUAAGGAGAAAACGAAAUCCUCUUCGAGAUCGAAACAGUAUCUCGUCGACAAUUUGAAUUCCACGAUCAGAGAUUCUUUGACGGCGGAUCAAUACGAAAUUUUGAAGAUCGUCGAGGAUCUGGACGGGCAAGGAUCGAGCAAAGGGCUCGCGUCGCAAACCAUGAAUUGCAUCCUAAGUCUCAGCUUCAUCAGGUGUUUAGCCAUCUUCGUUUGGCCUCUUAUCGUCAGCAAUUUUCCCAGUCUCGGUAUCCUGGGACGUUCUCUGAACGAGUUUCGACGAAACGAUCCGGCACGUUCUUCCCUCGAAACGGAGAAACAGAUGCAAGAAUUUUUCGCCAUGUCAACGACCGAGUUCGAAGAAGAAUUGUUGAAAAGGAAGGAGUCGAUCGAGAGAUUGUUCCUCGACUUGUACAGAACGUUGACCGAGAAGAAGUUCGAGACGAGUAUCGGUUACUUCAAGAUCAAGGGUUAUGGAAAGGACGGGGCCGGGCCGGCCUCGUCCUCCAGAGAGGGGAGAGGGGCCAAGCUGAAAGACAACAAGAAUCUACCCAGCAUAUUGACCAUCAUAAGCGACAUAAUGGAGGAGGUUUUGGAUCAACGUCCGGAAGGGGAAAGGGCGAAGAAGGAGAAAGAGAAGAAGGAGAGGAGCAUAGAAGCGUCGAGGGAAUCCGAUGUUCAAUCGUUGAAGGACGGGCAGGGAUAUAUCGGUAUCAAGAGAUCGAUGAACGACGACGAGAUAAUUACCAUGUUUCUCGAUAAGAUCAAAUCGAACGACUCCGACGAGGUGGCGGUGGAGGAGGAGGGGGACGAAGGCACCGGGUAUCUCGCUUCCGAGGAUGCGUACAACGCUUUCGAAGUUCUUUUCGGCACGAAAUUACACGACAAACUCGCGAGGGAAGCGAGCUUGCUGUCCCUCGACUCCUCUCGAUCGUCCGAAUCCUCGGGAAGGGAGAGGAACGAUUCGAUAGAACCGAUCAAACGAGUAGACAUCGUGUCUUUGGAAUCUCGGAAACGAGUCCCCAAUGGAGGAGACGAGUCGAAAAUCAAGGAUCGAGUUGCGUACGAUUUUGAGAAAGAGCUGUCCGAGGGGCAGGAGGAGAGGCGAAGGAAGAAACGAGCUAAAGCUUAUUUCAAGUCGUUUUUGGAGAGAUACUCGUCGAGGGAUAGGCGACGUUUAAGGGACGUGGAAAGCGUCGAGGAUAACGCGAUCGACGGAGAUGAAAACCAACGAGGUGAAAACGACGAAGGAUCGACUCUGAUCGUUCGAUUGCCGCGUCUACGGGACGAGGCCGCGUCGAGAAAAGGUACCGCCGCUUCGUUGAGCAAAGGUUUCAAGUCGAAAAUGUCGGAGAUGAUGCCAGGGUUCGGCCUCGUCUUAUCUUUCUUGCUCCAAUUGGCUCUGGCGCAUGCGCGUGCCACCGCCUCGGUGGCCGGAAUGAUCAGCAACAUGGCCCUGGGAACGGCCAUGUUCGGUAUGAUGCGAGACUCUCUUUUCGGAACGAGCAACAAUCCGAAAAUUAAAUACGUAUACGAUAACGACAAGACGGGGCCGGGCAUCUCCUGGCCUGCUCAAUACGAAUACGCCCCUCAUUACUACGGAUAAGAUUGAUCCAACGUUCUAGAAUAGAUUCUUUUUCUUUACACGCUUGAUAGAUGGAUAGAAGAAGCGAUACUCGA